UACUAGCUAUGGUAUAUGCUUUCAAAGACAUUAGCUAAGGUGGCUGCUUGGAAGUUUGCAAAAGAGAAUGGGAUUGACAUGGUUACAAUAAAUCCAGGGUGGGUGAUUGGCCCUCUCUUACAGCCUACUUUUAAUCUAAGUGUGGAGGAAGUUCUGAAGCUACUAAAAGGAGAUACAUUUCCCAAUAAAACACAUCGAUGGGUUGAUGUUAGAGAUGUUGCCAUGGCACAUAUUCAAGCAUAUGAGCUUCCAACAGCUAGAGGCAGAUACUGUUUAGUAGGGAGCAUUUUACACUGUUCUGAGACAAUGAAGAUUUUGCGUAAGCUCUACCCUGCUUUAAACCUACCUGAGAAAUGUGCAGACGACAAGCCUUAUGAACCAACCUAUAUGGUGUCCCAGGAGAAAACUAAAAGUUUGGGCAUCGACUUCACUCCUCUGGAGGUGAGCCUGAAGGACAUUGUGGAAAGCUUGAGGGAGAAGAACUUUGUCAGUUUCUGACACGUGGUAUAGCCAUGCAAAUGAAUCAUAAACAAAAAAUGGUGUCUUCUUGGUAACUUCAUUGUUAAGUGUGUUGGGAGUCAUAUAUCUUCUAACAUGUUCAUGGUAAGCAAUCCCCAAGACAUGCUACAAGUUCUCCAAAAGAAAGCCAACAGCAUAUAAAAAGCAGCAACUUCUAUUUCCGCUUCUGCUCAACAACAAAAGCUAUCAACUAUCCUAAAUGGGCACCAAGGAGAUUCGUAGACCUUAGGCCCCUUCCAAACUAGAUUUUUUGUUUGGGAAGUAACUGAGGAAGAUUUUCACUUGUCAUUAACUUAUGCAGAGGUUGAUAGCUAACAAACUAUGUAAGGACACGGUGAGCUCUGUCUUUGGAAAUGUAUGCAGUGAGGUGGCAUGGCCCAUUACCUUCAUUC